AUGUUAGGGUCAGAUGGCCCGAAUGUGAAUAAAAAAGUAACACGGAUAAUAAAUAGUAAUAUAAAGUCACAUCGUGGAAAAGGGCUAGUUGAAAUUGGGUCUUGUAACAUCCAAACUGUGCACAAUGCUUUUGUGAAAGGCCUGCAACACAUUGGAUCGGAUAUAUCAGAUAUGAUAAUAAGUAUUUAUUAUUUUUUUAAAGAUUGGCCAAAACGUUUAGAAGACUUUACAGACAUACAAAUAAAUCAAAAAUUACCCAAACAUAGUUUUAUUAAACAUUGUGAAUCGCGUUGGCUUACAUUAGGACCAGCAGCUGAGCGACUCAUUGAACAAUGGGAUGGAAUCAUAUAUUAUUUCGAAAAAUGUAUUCCACAACAUAGGAGUGAACUUAUGAAGACUCCUAAAUAUUUAAGAAUUCACAAAGUUUUAAAUGAGCCAACUGUAAAAGCUGAAAUAAUUUUUAUAAUCAAUAGUGCUAAAAUAUUUCAAAAAUUUACUUUAAUAUUUCAACGUCAAGAGCCUCUUAUUCGUGUAUUACACUCUGAAUUGCGUAACCUCAUCAUUGUAAUUGCUGGGAAAGUUUGUAAGGCGGAAGUAUUGAAGACCUGGAACAAUAAUACUUCUUUAUUUGAUCAUCAUGAUAAUUUAAAAUCAUUAGAUUUAAUUGAACUUCCUAUUCAAGUAUCAACAAUUUUAUCAUUGGUAUCAGAAAGAUGCAAAUUAUUAUUUUUAAAAUCGGUUCAAGCUCAUUACAUAUCGGCAGGAAAACAUAUAUUAAAUAAAACUUCAUUUCUGCAUGCUACUAAAAUAAAAUAUUUUCGUUGUUUAAUGCCCACUGAAUUGCAAGUUGAAAGAAGUUGCUCAGAAGUAGUUAAGAUAUCUACAUAUUUACCUUUUGAAGUUGACCCAGGGGUCCUAGCAGAUGAGUGGAGAUUGCUUAGAUGUGAAUCUAAAUUGCAAGCUAAAAUCUUCAACAAUGGAUUAGGUGGUGAAAUGCGCAUAGAUCACUACUGGAAUCAAUUUAUACAAAUUCAGGAUAGUUUUGGUAAUGUUAAAUAUCCAAAUAUUUGUAAAGUUGUAACUGCUAGCCUAACAUUAUCACAUGGCAGUGCUGAUGUUGAACGUCAAUUUUCAGUAUCUGGUAAUGUAAUAACAGAUGAUAAGACAGCCAUGUCUUGUCGGAUGUUAAAUGCUCGGCUAAACAUAAAGUCAGGGUUACAGUUUUAUCAAAACCGUCCAGACUUGAUGCCCAUUUCAAAAAAAUUGAUGGUUAGUGCACAGAUGGCUAGACAAAAUUACAUGACUUAUUUAGAUAAAAAAAAAAAACUGGAACAGGAAACAAAUCAGCUAAGACAACAAAGGGAGAAUGAAGAAAUUCAAAAACAAAAAGACCUGGCAGAGGUAGAGAAAACAAAAAAAGGUAUAGAACAUCUAGAAGGGCAGCUUAAGUCUGCAGUAAAUGUUCAAAUUAAUCAAAAGAAAGCAUCUGAUCAAUUAUUAAACGAUGGGAAUAAAAGAUUAAAAAAAGCACUUAAUAAAAAUGAUGCUGUUGAAGCAAAAAUAGCCCAAAGUAUGAUCGAAGCAGCAACAAAAUUAAGAAAUGAAGAGCAAGAAAAUGAAUCAGAAACAAAUCUCAUUCAAAAAAAAAUUGAAAAAAGAAAAAACUGCCUAAUUACUAAUUUUAUUAAAAAACAAAAGACUGAUAAAAAUGACUGA